GUAAGCACGGCCUCUCUCACGUUCUUCGACUCUCAGUCUUGUCGACAGUUCGCGUACGGCUGCAGCAUGGGCGCCAGUCAUUGCAAAACCUUCCGGAGAAGCGCCGGCUCGAGUCGAGACACAUCCGCCGCAACAGGUACCUCAAAAGAGCAUGAUGACACCUAUAUUGAGGAAGUGGUUUGUAAGCAGGAAGAUAUCAACGAAAAUGAGAUGAAAAUGCUACCGUUGGGGGAUAGUGAAAAAAAAAUUUUGUUGAUUAAACAAAAUGGAGAAUUGCACGCGAUUGGUACCAAAUGUACACAUUACGGUGCUCUGCUACAUACCGGUGCAUUAGGGGAAGGACGAGUGAGAUGUCCAUGGCACGGUGCAUGUUUCAAUAUUAAAACUGGGGACAUUGAAGAUUAUCCAGGCUUGGAUUCUUUACCAUGCUACAAGGUUCGCGUAGACGAAACUGGCCUUGUCCAUGUAAGAGCCAAACGUAUAGAGCUGAAUAAUAACAAACGUAUGAAGGAUAUGUCUGCACGUAAUCCUGAAAAUACAAAAACUGUCAUAAUAGUUGGCGGUGGACCAUCGGGCGCGACCUGUGCAGAAAGUUUGCGACAAGAGGGCUUUGCAGGACGCAUUAUUAUGGUAUGCAGAGAAAAUGUGAUCCCUUACGAUCGAAUAAAGGUAUCCAAAGUGUUAGAUUUCGAUGUUCAUUCUGCGACAUUACGAUUGCCCUCGUUUUACAAUGAAUACAACAUCGAAACGAAACUAGGAGUAAAAGCAAUAGGUCUAGAUACGACUGAAAAUAUUAUCAAGCUGAGCAAUAACGAGAACAUCGUGUAUGAUUAUCUAUUUGUUUGCACAGGCAGUAAACCGAGAAUGCUAAAUGUGGCAGGAGCAAAUUUAUCGAAUAUUUUUGUUCUGCGAGAUUAUACCGAUUCACAAGGCGUACAUGCGCUUCUGUCGCCCGAGAAACAUGUAAUUGUUCUAGGAUUAGGUUUUAUUGGCAUGGAAGCCGCGGCUUAUUGUAUCAAUAAAUGCGCGUCUGUCACAGUAAUAGGACGUGAUACUGUACCUCUCAGAGCGAUAUUCGGGGCAACCAUUGGUAAUAGAAUUAAAAAAGAGCAUGAGGCAAAAGGUGUGAAGUUUAUCUUCCAGAAUAAUAUUAAGCAAUUUAUUCCUAAGGAAGGUGAAGAAAGCAUUUUGGCUAAAGUCGAACUUACAGAUGGUCAGAUUCUACCAGCAGAUAUAGUUAUUGUUGGAAUAGGAUCCACUUUUUACACUGAUUGGAUGAAAAAGUCUUCUGUCACAAUAAGGGACGAUGGCACUAUUCCAGUAAAUAAGCAUUUAAGAACAAAUGUAGAAAAUAUAUAUGCUGGAGGUGACAUAGCUUAUGCACCGAUAUAUGGAUCUGACGACACAGUCGCUGCAAUAGGCCAUUAUUCUCUAGCUCAUUAUCAUGGUAAAAUUGCGGCUCUAAAUAUAUGCGGCAAAGAAACAUCUUUGAAAACUGUACCAUUCUUCUGGACGAAUUUACUGAGCAAAAAUUACAGAUAUGCAGGCUAUGGGAAACCUACUAGCAUAAAGAUUUAUGGUUCACUGGAUAAACUGGAAUUUUUCGCUUAUUAUUUUAAAGAUAGCAAAGUAAUUGGAAUGAGCAGUGUUAGUGCUGAUCCAGUUGUAGCAAAUUUUGCAAAUUUACUGUAUGAGGGAAAGACCUUAACAGAAGAAGAAAUUAAUACAGAUCCAUUUGGUUGGAUGAAAAAUAAGCCAAAAGAUAUAUCAACUCGGUUUCAAGAAAGCUUUCUAGUUGAUGCUCAAGCAUGAGUCUAUUUAACAUAAACAACAUAAUUUAAUGCUUUAAAACAAUGUUACAGUAUUAAUCUUAACUUUUACGUUGUAAUUUGCCAUGUACAACAAUCUUUUUAGAUAAACUUAUGUAAUAUAUUUG